UUAUAUGAUUUGAUCCAAUGCAAACUAGAAGGACACGUUUGUUUUGUUUGGCAAACGUGUCAACUUGAAACAUCCUUUGCUGGGUUGUCUCUCAAUCUUUUUUCUUCAUUCGCCCUCUAUACCAGAAGACAAAGCCUCAUUCUCUCUCUCCCAUGGCGACCGCAUACACCGUUUUCAACCACCACCACUCCAUUCUCAUUGGCAAUGGGCCAGCUACUGUUCGUCAGAGAAAGGCUACAGGGGACAGCUACUAUUCUCUUGAAAGAGUUUCUGUUAAACAUAACAAGAAUUCUGAGAAUUCAAGGCAUGGAGUUGAAGAAGUUGGGAGCUACCAAUUGCGAAAAAAGAAUUCCAACAAACCUCAAGGUUUUGUUGAUGUUUCAAUCCACAUUUCUGAGGAUGUGGAAGGGAGAAGCUCAUACACAGGAAAUGAGGGAGGACUUGGGGAUCACAGCAAUACGACCUAAUCAUCAACCACUUAAUUCAGUCUUCGCUGGAACACCACCCUCGCCGUUGCGCCACUCACACUAGCAAACUCGACGCCGAUAACAACUUGUCUGGGUCAGAGUUCGAAUUGCUAGAAAGUGAGUCUGUG